GUACCGCUUCGACUGUGAACGCGGUAGGAACUGGAUCGUUUAUAUUACAAAGCUCCUUUAUCGUUCGGAACGAUUACAUUCGAAUGUUUUUUCAAGCGCUAACGACGUAAUCGACGUUUGGUAAGCGAUUAGUAACCGCGAAUCCGUGUCGAUUCGUGGAUGAUUCUCGAGCUAUUUCGUGCGUGUACGUGACAUUAAGUGGCACGUAAACAGGUGCACCUAUUCGCGUAGCGCAAGAAACGAAUCACGGAGGUCGUUGCACGUAAUAUCCACCGACAGACGGGACAAUUCGGGUGCACGAUCUAUGUCUAUGACUGUGCAGUAGCGGAUACUCUUCUCGACCACUUGUCUGUCACCAACCGCCACUAUUGUCUCGCGAAGACCGAGCUGUAAAUCUUCGUUGCUUAUACUGUUUUCUCGGUUGUUCGUGAACAAAAGGGAAUCGUCUCGAGAAAGAAAAAUCGCUUAUGGGUAUCUGAGCACAUCGAACGUUCAACGCUCGGUGAGAGUUUUGUGAAGCAAAAUGAGAAGACAAUCGUACAGCUCGAACGUGAAUGCCGCAAGCUGUGGCGAGCCUCAGAUCAUCGUAGAGGAAAGCACAUUGGGAGAAGAGGAAGCGGAAUGGCGAAGGAACGAGUCGCCUCCGCGUUGCAUGGACCCCGAUUCGCCAUCCUUAAAUCCUUAUCUAUUGUCUCCCUGGAGAGAAGCAAGAAAGCACUCUCUACCGACUCCGCAAUGUACUUCCGGGAUAACCGCAUCACAGGUGAGACGACUGAGCGAGCGUGGCGGAGAAGGAUCAGGACCAUCACCGAGGGAAGCUGCUUUCCUGUCCACUCUCUCUCAAGCACCAGCUCCUCAACCAGGUGGCCGAAGACAUUCGGUUGUUACGAUUGCCAGAGUGCCACCGACUCUGUUUGGCCGUAAUCGUCGCGAAUCAAUCGCCGCUUUUCCUCUUGGAGGCGCGACCAGAAUAUUGCCGAGUCGUCGAGACUCAGAGUCUAGAAUAUCCGGACCACCGAGCAACAGUGGAAGCACGCACAAUCUUCAGUUGGACAUUAUGGACGAUAUCGCAGAGAUGAAAGCGAGGAAGGUACGCUUAAAGAUGUACAAGACGUCGACGGAGCAAGUGUGCGAGAUACAGCCGCUGGAAGGUAACAGCUCCGCUCAACGUUACACUCAAUAUCCGAAACGACGAUUCUCUGAAAUGCCUGCUCCGUCGGUUUCGCCGACGUCUUCUCUCCGAAGGCGCGUCUCGGAACUGCCAAGAGCCGUGAGUGCAUCGGUUUCCGGUGCUGCGGGCAUCGUCUGCUCCAAUACGGAUCUGAUAUCGAUCCUAAGCUCGUUAGCGUCUUCCGCGACGGAAAUUAACCGAUGCGGCGAGGAAGCGUCGAGUUCGCGGGACGAUAGCAAAUCAAGCUGGUCCGGAAAAACGGCCGAACAGAAACGAAAUCGAUUGAAGAGCUUCCGUUCCAACAGCUUCGACGUGUCGAUAUUGCACGGAGCCAAGGGUAAGCUUAGCGGAUCCUCGAAAGCUGCCGCUUCGACCAUUAUGGCACCGUCGAAUUGGUUCACCAAGAGACACCAACCGAUGUCGAAGAAACAGAAGCCGGAAGAUUUAAUAACGGCCAGCUUAAGCCUUAAAUUCGAUAAAUCGAAGGUAGUGAAGGCGGUGAAGGAAACGUUGGGUAAAACGUCCCCUAACAGCGACGUCAGACACAAAGUCGUAUGGGACGACACUAGUGGAACCAAAGUGGACGCUCAGGUAUUGGGUAGCGCAAUUGAGAAGAUUUUAACGGCACAAAGGGGAAACGAUACGGAGGCAUCCGGAUCGAGCGGAAAGCCCUCGGUAUCUCCGAACAAACCAAGGUCAGGCAAAGUGGCAAGUUGGUUUUCAAGUACCAAGGACCAAGAGCAAACGGAAUCCUGCGAACCGUCUAUCUGUUCUUCCCUGAAGGACCUAUUCGUCAAGUAGUAUGGAAACACAAAUGCGAGUCUCUCUCGUUUAAUUAACGCUUCUUCAUUUAAGGAUUUAUUCAGAGAUUAACGCGACCUAAUAGAUGACUGACAAUCUCGUUUAACUCAAAUUAACGAGCUAUACUUUCCUUGUACUUUCUUAUUGCUAUACCCCUACGACGAUAUUCUUUUAUCAUUUCUGUCGAUUUUAAUCUCACACAAAUAUCCAUGAAAUAUGUAUGCAGUAGUUGACGAAAAUAUUCGAACACUCGUUAUACGAUAGAAGAUUUUUACGAAUAUAUAUUAUGUACGUUGGUCUUUUUCUCACUUCACUGUAAUGAGACAUGUCUAUCAUGAUUACACCGGUAAAAAUUGAAACCAAUUUGGAAAUGUAUAUAUGGAAGUUAGAAGAUGCUUAUUGCAAACGUACACAUAGCAAAAAAAUAAUAUACAGUGUGAAGAGUAAUUUUAAACAUAUGAUUGAUUAGGGGUAAAAAUGGUCCUACUAAAAAUAUUGUGACUUAUUUAUACAAUACAUAAUUUACUGUCCAAAUACCGAUGGUAAUCAAUAAGCAUCUUAUAAUUUCUAUUUACGUUUGUAUUAGGGUGUUCCAAAAGUUUCUUUCGUUUUAUAAGGAAAUAAUAGAUGCACGACACUUUUUGUUUUAUAUUAUUUUAUCGGAAUAUGUAUGAUCCACUUUGUAGUAAUAGAACAAAACGAAAGAAACUUUUGGGACAGCCUAAUGCAUUUUCAGAUUCAUGAAAAGCUUCAACAAAAUAUUCAUGGAAAGUUUCUGUAAGCGUCCGAGUACUUUCGUGAGCCACUGUAUGUAUAAUAAUUCGUUACAAUGUUAGUGAUAGCUUGGAAAGCGAACUAUUUUUAUUGUACAUCUUUUUACUUUCCAUAUUACACUCAUAGAUACUCUAAAACGCCGCGAUACUAACUCUUAUCUAUCAUGUUUACGAAUGCGUAUUAUUCGUGAAACCGCUUCUGAUUUUACGGAAAUUUUGCAGUCGCUUGAUGAAUGAAACAGAUUUGUUAAGAGAAUCACAUGUUAUAGAUACCUGAGCUGUGAUUUAUUUAAUAUAUCUCUUCUAAUUUGUUAUCCUGCAACAUUUCCAUGUUUAACGACGUUUUUAAAUUAAAUUUCACGAGUUUAUUUUCCUUAAGCUAAAGACGAUGCUCGUGAAAUAUUUAUUUCUGAAGUAAAAAGUAAAAAUAUAGCUUACAUAUUGCUUGUAUUUAAUCAUGUAUUACGAUUAAUCCUGUUGCGAUCCUCGUAUAUUUCAGUUAGGCUCUGAUUUUAGUAAACAAGAAAGAUUUAUAAUAUCUUAAGAGGAUGUUUAGCAUGAAAUAGAGAAGUCACGCUAAUAAAAAGUUUUUCAUAUUUUUCUUCAGGCUUAAAAUAUUUUUUAAUGUUGUGAAAAAAUUGGGUUGAAAAUGAAUAAAAGGAUGCAACAGGGUAUUUAAACAAACUAAUAUCUCUUAUACGAAUAAGUUGAGUGAAAUAUUAUAAAUUAUUUUCACAAAAAGACACCCAUUUUUAUUAUUGCUUUCUAAACAAAAUUCAAUAUGAUUUGUUAUAUCUGUAAUAGGAAGUUUCUUUAACUAACGUUUAGUUAUCGAUCCUAUUUUUAUUGAAGUUUAACGAUACUGUUCAAUGCUAAUAAUUGUUAAUUUGUAAGUGAAGGGUAAUUCCAACGAAGAAAGAUAUCACCAUCAUUUGCAAACAGAUAGUUUCAGAUAAAAUCAGCAUUGGUACUGCAAACUUAAGAGAUUGUAAACCUAAUAUGUAUUGUAUCGCAAAGCGGGAUUCAUGGUGAAAAAUUAAAUAUAAAAGUCCAUGAAAUUUCGCAGAUUUAAACAUCUCAGUGGAUACAGCUUUCAGCAAAUAAAUGUGGGCAAAAGUUUAGUCAAUCUCUAUAUUUAAAUAACGUAUGAUAUUUAAUUCCACAGUAUAAUUAAACAAAGAUUCGAAGCUGAAAAUUUCGAAAUAUAAUUGAACAAUAUAUCGUACAAUAAAUGUUAUAUGAUGUUCCGUAAAGGAGAAUUGCGUUUUUAUGAAGAGGAUCAAAGGUAAAAGAGAUUGUUGUUGAACGAUACGAUCGUUUCGAAAUUCCAUUUUGAUCUUGUGUAUGUAUAGUGUAUCCCGUACAAAAGAUAUUACAACAAGCGUCCAGUCAUAAUGUGAAACAUUAAUCAAAAUUUCUAAUCUCGAGUGUUUCAAACCCCAGAACUUAUUUUAAUAAAUAUAAGAAGGACAGAUUACAUUCAAUUUGAUUUUUCUAAUUCUCUCAUUAAUAAUUAAAUAUGAGCGUCAAUCAAUCAAUAGUUCAUAAUACACGGUGCGUGUAUAACAUUCAUCUGAUUUCAAUUAACUUACGUUUAAGCAAACUAAUUACUUGAACUAGCUUAUCAUUCACAUUAUUACACAUUUUAAUUGUAUAUAUAUCUAGUACAACAUAGAAAGAAUGUUUUAGGAUUAUGAGUAUUUAUUUAAUUUUUAAGAAGGACAAUAAGAUUUAAUACAUGUACACAGUAGUUAAAAAUAUGAAAUCCAGUCGCUUUUACAUUAAGUACCAUUUCCUCGUAAAUGAACAUACAAAAGAUAAAUGUCAAUAACUAUAGAUGCCUGUUUAAUGUUUCUUUUUGGUUACGAUUAUAUAUGUAAAAUUAGUUCUUAUAAUGAAUACUGCUUAGAGGAAUAAGGAUUAUUUUUCACUUGAAAGAAGUUUGCUUUGAUGUUUUAAAUGACUGAAUAAAAUGCGGACAAAAUAGUUUAACCCUACACGUAAAGAUUCAAAUACGUUACAUACAAUAACUAUAAAAAUAUAUUACAAAAACGUAAGAAUUUGUACUUUAGAUAGCAAUGCGUUUAAAAGUUAUUUUAUGAAUUCACUUUAUUAAUUACUGAUUUAAAAUCUCCAGCAUUUUCAGUAAAAUGUCAAGAAAGUAGAAGAAAAGUACAACAAAAGUAGAAAACAGUUAAUUUUGUAAUAUAAAUUUAUAGUCUGCCGAAUUAAUACUCAUAUUUCUAAAACAGGGUCUAUACACUUUCAAAAUUUCAAUCAAAUCAUAUGCAUAGUAUUUCUUUUAUCUCAUAUUCUAAUUUCACCACACUGAAUUUUCUAAAGAAAGAUGAUCUAUUUAUUUUAAACAACGCAAAUCCUUUACUUUAGAUAUGCAAAGUCAAAUGUAUUUUUGUCAAUAAAGACACAAAAAAUCUUAGACGUCUAAAUGUCAGCUUUAAGAACAGUAGACUUGCCUGCCUUCAAACUUAAAUCUCCUUUCCAGUAGUAAAACUUAAAUAACAUUAACAACGGCAGUAAUAUUUACACCUACAGAUGGAGGAUAUUAGACUUCGAUAAAAAUACAAGUAACUCAAUAAAUAUGUAUCUAGGUACGAUGGUUAAAGAAUAACGAUUCGUCAUUCUUUAUUCCAACGCUUAACGCUAUCCCUCUUUCAACAAAUACAAUUCUAGAAGAAUGCCGCUGAAGAAAAAUGUUAUGCGUGUAUUUAUUUGCCUUUGCGGGUCGAAGGUUUAUUAAAUUAUUAAAUGAAAAUAUUAAAUGAAAAUGAAGGUUUAUUAAAUCAUUGUAAUAUAUUAUAUAAAUAUAUAUAUAUAUAUAUAUAUAUAUAUAUAUAUAUAUAUAUAUAUAUAUAUAUAUAUAUAUAUAUAUAUAUAUAUAUAUAUACACAUACAUAUAUAAAUACGUAUAAUUAUGUGUAUAAAAAUUGACAUGUAUAUAUAUAUAUAUAUGUAUAUAUAUAUAUACUUUUAAUAAUGACUUAAUUUGUAUAGUAAAAACAUAGCUGAAAUCUCAUGUAAGAUUGUUGGGAUGUACGUGACAUUUCUGUCGCAUCAUUGAUCAUCGUUAUACUUUGAAAAAUAAUUAAGGAAGCGAACAAUGCGUGAACGAUUAUGGCAGUUUUAUUAAUAAACGAACGUUUAGCAGAGAACAUGGAUUUACUGGAUAUGUAAAUGUUUCAUUAAAUAUAACUGUUACGUACAUAAUAAUAUGUUGUUACCUGUAUGAAAUAACGUUGAUAUAAUACUCAUAUUGUAUUUAUGGUUUCACCUUUCACAGAAUUAAUAAAAUCUGCGGAGAUUCAAACGUAUGCUCUCCCUUUCAUUCUAUGAGGAUUGAACAUUUAGAAGAUUUUAUGAAAAUGUACUAAAAAAGAAUCAGGAGCAUCUGUUUCUCUUUUUUUUAAUAUGUUGAUUACCACGCGAUUUUUAUACGUAUUUUGUCCUGGAUAGAUAGAUUAAUGCGUACCAUACCAAGACAUUUCAUUCUUGCAAAAUAUUCUAAUGUAUUUGCGUACCUUUUCUCUGACAUUGUUACCUAAAUCAUUCACAUUGCCGACCAUUUUUUAGACCAUGACAUUUAUCCUAUUUUUAUCAUUCUAAAAAAUUUAGUUGAAAGACGUAGGUCACCGACGAACACCUUACACUCAACGUGUUGAAGAAUUAAAUUUGAAAUUUAAAGUGCCACAAUCUCAAUGACUUUCAUGUGGGUACCGAUUUAGUUUACCAGAAAAUUACAAAUAUGUACCAUUUUAAUAUGAAUAUAAACAGAAACAUGAAUAGAAACAGUGCAAAUAUGCUUGUAUCCCAGGACAACACGAAUUUGUUAAAUUAAUGAAAUAAAUCAUACCUUUUUCUCUUGUAUGUCGUAUUUUCGAUAUAUGAUAUAAUAAAAUAACAAUCAUUUUCGCUUUAAAUUUAAAUUCGCCUGGAAUGUCAAAAAAUGUCGAAAAAGGGAUUUGGUAGAAUGGAUAUAACAAAUCGUUUAACUGUUUUAAAUAAUAAAGCACUGAAAAAAAUCUAAAAAUUGUAUCUUUAUAUUCCUAAUUUAUUCUCGAUUUUUAAAUUUACAAAAUAUCUUACGACUAAAUAACCUUGAUCUUAAACGAGAUAAAGUAUUCUUCUUCCUUAUCGUAUGUAUUAGUGUUCAAACAAUACCUUUAUAAAUAUAAACAUACAUUUUAUUAAAAGGAAAUUAUUUUAUAACUGUGAUGAUUUUCUGAUUAAGUUUCGUCACGUAAAAACUUAUCUAUCACAUAGAUAUUACGACCAAAAGUAUGAGGAAUUGGAAUUGACAUCAUAAUGUGUUUGCGACACAUUGAUAUAGAUAAACUGUAAAUAAAUAAUGAGUAGGAGCGAGUCAGAAAUGUUAUAUAUCUAUAAUAAAAUAAAUAAUACAGUGCAAACAUGUUUCCUAUUUAUGAUUUUAAAUCACGCUUAUCUACGCUUAUCACUCAUUUAUAUAAUUUUAUAACAUUCAUAAUUUAAGCAAUCUAAUCUAUUACGACACAUAAUAUAAAUAAUUUUAUCAUUAUUUCAACAAGAUUCCGUACAGAAGUGUACGUUAGAAAUAUAAUUUUCCUUCUAAGAUUGUAAUAUGCAAUUGCAUUUAAUGAAUACCGCAAAUUUUAUUGUAUAAAAAAAAGUAAAAUUCUUACACUUAGUUUCUAUCGUUCACAGACAAAAUACUUCAUCUUCUAAAUAAAUUUUCUUACAAUAUACUAAUUAACAAUAAAUUUUUAGUUCUUUCGAUACUAAUAUUAAUUAAACAAACAAUUAUAAUUAUUUAUAGUCAACAGAUCAGUAAUACUAUGUAAAUCAAUUUGCAAAAGUAAUGUAAUACUUCAUUCUCAAAGACAAAAUUAAAAACGUAUCCUAAUUAUAAAUAAGCUUGCAAUAAUUUUAAAUAAUAUUAGUUUUCCAAUUUUCAUGAAAAUAGAAACAUAAUUUUUCUACGUUAUAGUGACAUAAGACAAAGAAAAUAUCAUUAAAAUUUAGUUGUAACAAAAUAAUUUUAGCAAUGUUUAGUAAUUAUAUGUCAUACGGUAUUAUUAAGACAUUAUAGUUAUGCUUCAUAUGAAAUUUCUUUUAUACAUUUUUUUAUUCUUUUUCUUCCUUGUUUUAUUACUAGACAUGGAAAGAUCCAUACUACAGGAUUUAUUUACGUACCUUUCUAUUUUUAAAUGCCUACGUUAGUUAUAGAUAUAAAAAAAUAUAAGCCAAGUUGCAAUACAUCAUACAUUUUUAAUCCACAACUUAACUUCUAAGAAAAACUAAAAAUUAUGAGAUAUACUUAUUUGUUAAUUAAAAUAAUCUAUGUGAUCAUAGGUUAUUAUAAAAACCACCUUGAAAAUUUAUUUUUAUCACUUUAACAUAAUGUUUAAGGUUUAUUUUCUAUCCAAUUUUUUACUUUAUCGCUUUCUUAUUAUCGAAUUAAUUUCAUUGUAAUUGAAUGAAUAAAAAAGCUGGAUAUCAUGAAAAGUAAAAAUAUUUAAAAAAUUCAAAAAUAAAUAGAAAUUCUACCAACUUUUGUUUCGAGUUCAUUAAUUGUUCAAUAAUUCAAUAAGAAUGUUAAUAGUGAAAAUAGAAAUAAUUGCAAAUUAUAUUAUUUCCAAAUGUUUUCUGUUUAUAUUAGAAUAUAAAUUCACUAAUAUCAAAAGAAAUUUUACAUUGUAGAAACAAAUUAUAAAAUUUAGUGACAUGAUUCCGCCGAAAUAUAGGAAUUCAUACUUUGUGAUAGUAAACGUACAACAAUUACUUCUGAAAACAAUUUUAUUUUAUAGAAAUCCCAAUUACUGUGACCGCUGCAACUACAUCUUUCAACGUUAGUGUUACAUUAGAAGAAGAUGGAAUUAUCUAAAGGCAUUAUCUUAUGGUUUACACUAAUCAAACCUCUAUUAUCAAUCUGUGCUUAGAAAUGGGAUGGUGUAUACAUAUCAAAACGAAUAAUGCCCUAGAUAAUGAGCAUUAUUUUGGUGGUUCUAAGUAUAAAAGCACAAUAGAAAAGUUAAAAUAUCGUAACGUCACAGAUAAAUGCAUUAUACAGUAAUCAUGUAACACUCACUAAUUAUUUAUGGACCUUAGAAAUGUAAGUAAAUGCUUACGAAUUUUAUUCUUAUUAGAUACUAAAAUAUGAAUAGUACACACAGGAAACUUUUAUAAGACGUACAGUUCAUAUAUGUACGUUUUACUGUGAUAUACCAUUUAAUACCAUUAAAGGAUCAAUAUUCCAUGGAAGAAUGUGGAUCUAAAUCUUUUUCAUUUGUUUUACAUUCCAUUUUAAUAUAGGAGAAGUAUGUUGCUUAUUGCAGGUAAUAAUAAACAAGAAAUUGAAGUUUUUUAUAAUUAAAAAAAAGACGGAACAAGAAAUUAUCUCAUUAGAUUCUAUUUCAUUGUAUAUUCCAAUUUCAAUUAAUUGUAAUAAAAAAAAAUAAUACAAUGCACUUGAUUCGUUAAUACCAAAUUAAGGUAAAUAUACACUUUUUUAAAUAUGGAAACUAAGUCCAUAAUAUUAAGGGAAAAUGGUGAUGAUUAGAAUGAAUGAGUCAUACAAUAAAGAUAGCAACAGUUGUAUGCAACAGCUAAAUAAAAAUG